AUGAUGGGUGCAACACGUAUCUCGUUUGGGCCGUGGCAUGAUCUUCCAGAAACGCUCUCCGAAAACGAAGCGACCUUCAUGGACGGACGUGAAGGUGGAUUUGCGACCAUUUUUACGAAAGAUUUCUCGACUGUUUGGACUUCUCUAUCCGAGCCGAUGUCUCAAUACAUCCAGAUUCUCACCGAUCCAAUCACGAAUCAACAAACAAUGUCUUUCGGAACCAUGGGAGGUGUUAAACACAUUCCAGCUGGCCACAUCACUAGAACCGUCCUGGUCGGAGGCGAUGGAAUCAAAGAAGGAAUCGAAAACUGGGGCGAGUUUUUCAGAAAAUUUCACGAAAAAAGUUCGGCAAAAAGAGACGCGUUCCUCGAAAUGCGAUACUUGGGAUAUUAUACAGACGCCGGAGCUUAUUAUUAUUAUAACACGGAGCCAGGGCUGAAUUAUGAAGAAACUUUUGAUUAUAUACGAAAAUACGCCGAUGAAACCAGUUUUCCGAUCCGAUUCGCUCAGUAUGACUCUUGGUUCUACCCCCAUGGCGAGGGAAAUGGAUUGCUAGAAUGGGAAAUUCGAACUGACGAUGGAUACUUUCCGAACGGCGGCGAGGCAGCAUAUGCAAAUCACAAUGUCCCAAUAGUGGCCCACAACCGGUGGUUUGGACCGGACGCGGUUUAUGCCAAAGAAAACGGGGGCGAUUACGAUUGGGUUCUUGAAGACAAUAGAAAACGUGAUAAAAUGCAAGAUUUUCCAUUUUAUUUAUGUUAUUCAAAUCACGGAAAAAGAGUCGAUCUUCCAAUAGGCCCACCAGGCUCUGGAGUAGGACCAUAUUCAUUUCCCAACGACACGAGUUUUUGGCCGGAUUUUCUGGCUAAUCGGCGCCAAUGGGGGCUCAAAACGUACGAGCAAGAUUGGAUGGACGUUCAAAUAAAUAGAAUGAAUGCGACUCAACAAGACCUUGCUCUCGGAAGAGAUAACUGGCGGCAAAUGGACUGGGCUGCUGAGCUGAAAUACCUGGAUAUACAAUACUGUCUUACUCUUCCACGUUUCGUCCUGUUUUCAACUGAACUUGACAACGUCUCCCACGCUCGUGGCUCGCCAGAUUAUGCUUACAACUUCCUCCAGUGGAAUAUCGGCUUUCAGUCGCUCUGGGGAGAGGCUGCCGGUCUCGCUGUUUUAAAAGACACGUUCCACUCGGUUCAUGUCCAGCCGGAAGUAGAGGCGGAUGGAGAUGUUCCAGGCGACAUUUUCAAUGAACAUUUUCCGGAUUUACAUGCUGCUGUUUCCACUUUUUCCUCCGGCCCGGUUGUUCCUGGAGAUCGAAUCGGCUUCGAGGAUCGUCUUCUCAUCGACAAAAGCAUCAACUCCGACGGCCUCAUCCUCCGCCUCGGCAACUCCAUGAAACCUAUCAACUCCGAAAUGCAGCGAAAAGCGCGAAAUGACUGGGACGGCCCAGCCAGCCAAGAGCCAGGAGAAAAUCUCCACAUCUUCGGAAACCGAUUCGGCGCUCAAAUUUGGUCGGCAAAGUCGACAUUCGGGAAAUUUGAAGGAUCAGCUGUUUUGUACGCGAGUUUGCUGGAGGAGUAUGAAACGAAUGCCGAAGAUUUGGAAAUGGACUCUGAAAGGAACGGGCUAAAAUUAAAGGGGAUACAAGGAAGGAAAUUCAGGACAAUUUAUAUUUGA